AGUUCUGUUAUGGUUACUCGUGAAUCAACACAAGUUAUUGAUCCAGAAUUUGCAUUUUAUGGACCAAUGGGUUUUGAUAUUGGAGCAUUCCUGGGAAAUUUGAUUCUGGCUUACUUUUCUCAAGAUGGACAUGCAGAUCAAGCAAAUGAUCGAAAAAGAAACCGACUCCAACAGUUUGCAAGAACCAACCCUCGGAGAGAAAAAUGCAAAUGCAGAUGGUGUCGAGGGGACAGAAUCACAUAUAAGCAACGGCAUGAAUGUUGGCCUUGCUAGCAAGCCAAGCAAUGAUAAUAUAGAAUCACUACAGCAAAAAGAGAACAACAAAAGUUGUACCAUUGCAGAGUGUGGUUCUGUCAAGGAGGCCCAGGAUAUGGAUUUGAACAACUCUUCUGUUGUUCCAUCUCAAAAUAAGGAAUGCCAGCUUAAUGUCAAUACAUUACAUGUUAGUGAAGAUCAGAAUAUGGAAAAUAAGUCCACGCAACACGACUCCAAUAGAUUUACACACCCUAUUAAGGUUGUGAAGGUUGAUCCAACAAUGAGUCCUAUUGCUGAGGGCGGGACCAAUAAUCAAUCUGCUUGUAAUAAGAUUUGGGACUCUAAAGAUUCUAAAAAAGGCAUCCAUGAAGAAUCUGCUCCAGUUGCAAAUAAUUCUCAUUCAAAUAUUGAGAAGCUCCAAAAUCUUUUAUUAGGUUCAAAGGGGGAGACACUGUCACAAACAUCCCUCGCUGUUCUUAAUCGAGAGAAGAAUGAGCUAACUCUUCAGCGUCGAAUGAUAGAAGAGGAUAUUGCUCAAUGUGAUAAAAAAAUUCAGAGAAUUUUAGCUGAUGUGGAAGAUAGUCUGGAAACAACGAUAGACGCCAUUAUAGAGGGUUGUAAUUAUUCAUGGGAAGGAAAUCAUGGAGGGAUAAGAAAAAAUCUUGAGGAUCCAUGCUUAGCUCCAUUUAAUGAGACGAAAAGUUGGAGAGAGUCUGUACUCAUUGCACAAAGUCAUUGCCAGGUGGAUUCCGAGCUUUGGUGACCUUUAAAGGACCCGACUUUGAGUGUUCAUUGGGGGGUGACACUUGUUCCAAUCCUCGUGAAGCAAGAGACUCGGCUGCUGCAAGGGUGUUGGCUAACUUAAGAAGCAAGCAAAAAUUGGCUAGUGAUUUUGACUCCAAGGCAUAAAAUCAGCAAAUUUUCUAGAUUUUUCUCUACCUUGGAUUUCUGUUUGGUGUAAGGAAAAUAAAAGUAGUUUUUAUUUUACUGAUUUGACAAUUGAUGUGCCAUAUAUUAAUUAUAGCAGCUGAGUUUGUUGCUUAGUCCCAAGUUAUCUGUUAUCUCGGUUUACUUUUAUCUUUUGUUAUCAUUAAUGUUU